AUGCCGCCUUUUGUCAUUGGGCUUUUAUUGUUCACAAUAUUAUUUACGAGUGUGGUUCUUGUGUCCUUAACCACCAUCAGAUAUACACCAUCUUCUGGUGAAAGACGUAUCAGGGUGCAUACGGCAGCUGCACCUAUGGUCACAGAUCUUGGUGAGAUGUAUCGUCAAGCAGAUACUGGUGCCAUUGUGUCAAUGCUGGCUAGAAUCGCUGUUGAAAACUCACUGUCUGAUAAGCUGGACAGUGUCCGGCAACAAUUACAGUUAAAGCUUCCGAGAAGUUUGAAGGAAUACCGGAACCUAUAUGUUGUACAACAUCGCAUAGGCGGGAGACUGAUAUACCCAGAAUCAUUAAGAUACUUGCCAUUAUACAUCCUGGCCUUAUGCAAAUCCCUUGCUCUGCGUGGUGGUUAUGCUGAUGUCUCUCUUGAUGAACGCUGGGCUGCUGGUUUCAGUAUGAUGAUACUGCCUGCAAGAAGGCUGCUUGAUGAAGUAGUGACAAUGGAACCAGACAGGAUCGAUGAUGGCUUCACCUUCCUAGUAUGGUUGGGUAGAAUGCUCCAGCCUGAGCUCAUGAACGACAUUCUUGGAGUCAGCCUCUCAAACUUCCCUGAUCUAUCAAAGAUUCAGUUGAGAGAAUGUGACAACAAUCACUCGAGAAACUUCAUGGCAGUACUAAGAACCCUAAGGGAGAGGGAUUCUUCAUGUUACCAGUUGCCCCGCGUGGUACGGCAAGGUGAGCAGCCAAGAGAAGGCUUCCUACUUCUGUCCAAUCUCGUCGAGGAUCAGAUGGCUGAAACAAGCAGUUACAUGGACUGGAUACUCCAAAUUCACCGCCAAACAGAGCUCGUGAUGAUGUAA